AUGGCUUCCCCUGCCCCUGUGGCGGUUAAGCCCACCAAGCCCGAUGAGGAGGCCUACAAGAUUAGCCUCGCUCAGGCCGAGAAGGAGCACACUGCUGCUCAGGAGAAGCUGAACCAAAUCAAGUCCAAGUUGGACAUCGCCAAGCCCAACAACCAAGACUCACCAACUGUCAAGAAGCAGCAGGAACUCCGCGCCGACCUGUCCUCCAUCCGCCAAAAGCAGUCCGGCUUCAAGUCUUCCCGCUCCAGCACCCAGGAGAAGAUCAAUGCUAUCGAAUCCACCCUCAAGGCCCGCAUUGCGGAGCAGAACAACUCCCGCGGCAAGAUGGCCUUCAAGAACGUCGAUGAGAUUGACCGUGAGAUCGCCAAGCUCGAGAAGCAGGUCGACUCUGGUACCCUCCGUCUGGUCGACGAGCGCAAGGCUCUGGGCGAUAUCUCCAACAUGCGCAAGCAGCGCAAGGGCUUCGCCGGUCUGGAAGACGCCCAGAAGGGCAUCGAUGACCUGAAGGCUCAAAUCUCUGCCCUGCGCAAGACCCUCGACAACCCCGAGGCCAAGGCUCUCAGCGACAAGUACUCCGAGAUUCAAAAGGAGCUCGACACCAUCAAGGCCGAGCAGGACGGCGUCUACAAGAACCUCAACUCGCUCCGUGACGAGCGCACCAAGCUCCGCAACGACCAACAGGCCAAGUACGUCGCCAUCAAGGAGAUCAAGGACGCCUACUACAAGGCCCGCCGUGCCUACAAGGAGUAUGAGGAUGAGGCUUGGCGCCAGCGCCGUGAGCGCCAGAAGGUCGAGCGCGACGCUUUCGAGCGUGAAAAACGCAAGAAGGUCGCUGAUAAGAAGCUCGAGGAGGCUUCUGCUCUUGCCUACGCUGAUGAGAUCCUGACUGCUCAGGGUCUGAUCCGUCACUUCGACCCUGCCUAUGACUUUGCUUCUCUGGGUCUUGAUGACAAGAAGGUUGAGGGAAGCAACUUCCGUGCCGGUGUUGGCCGUACCGUUGAUGACUCUGCCCUGAAGGGCAUGAAGGUCGUCCGCAAGGACGAGCAGGAGGACUACUUCGCUGGUUCCGGUGGCAAGAAGAGCAAGAAAGGCAAGAAGGGUGGUGCUGCCGCUGGUGGUGCCGAGGCUGCUGGCAAGUUCAACAUGAACGUUGGUGUCAUCGAGGACUUCGCCAAGGUCAAGAUCGACCCUCCCAUGAACCAGGCCGCUGUCCCUGCUUCCGUUGAGCAGCUGGCUGCCAAGAUUACUGAGUGGAAGAAGAACCAGGCCAGCAAGACUGAGGAGAACAUCAAGAAGGCCAAGGAGGAGAUUGCCCGCCUGGAGGAGGAGGAGGCCAAGAUCGAGGCCAAUGGCCGUGCCACCGACGCCGCGAAGAAGCCGGCGCAGGCCAACGUUGCCCCCACGGCCGAUGCCGAGCUGGCCCAGGAACAGGAUGGUGCUGCUGAUGCGGCUGAUGAGCUGAAGAAGGCUUCGCUGGAGGACAAGGAAUAA